AAAUGAGUUAGACCGGGCUAGUACUAUCCUUGACCCCUCUCUUGAUUUAUCCACAAAUAUUCAAAUCCACAAAUCUAAACAUGAGUUCUGACACCCAGGAUGGCGUCCCCAAAUCGGUGAAGGAGAUAUGGGAGAAGACGAUACUCAGAUUCCAGGAACGCACUGGCUUCGCGCUCGAUUCUACGCCAAAGUCGCCCGAUGAUCUACGAAAAACCCUCAACGUGUAUUAUGACCAGCAGACGGAUGAUGAGCAGGCGAUUAAAGCCAAAGAGAUGGGUCUUAAGAUAGUAUCAUGUAUCCAGAUUCUAGGUGACUUUGCGGCGCAAGGAGCCUCCGGGGUGUUCGCACCAGCCUCACUCUGUUUCAAGGCCCUGUCUUGUCUUCUUGACAUCCCAAAGAAGAUCCACAAGUUCCAUGGAGAGAUCAACUUAAUUUUUGCUGAAAUCGGGCCAGCAAUCGCCCAAUUCAGGAUAUACCAGCGCAUGGACGAAAAUACUGGCGUCGAUGAGUCCUUGCGAGCCUGUAUCUACGAAGUUAUGGUGAGCUUCAUAGAUAUAUGUGCAAAUUGGAUAAAUGUUCACAAGGAAGGUAAAUGGAAGAGUUUGAAACAUAAUACGAUAAAAAUCUUGCUAGACGAUGGAUCUGUGCAAACGGAGAUUGAUAAUUUCAAACAGCUCACCAAACGCCAACUCGAUAUCCAGGCCACUCUGACCUUAGAGGCCGCAAUCGACACGAAAGAGUAUGUCAACUAUAUUAAAACCACGACUGUCGAGAUUGAAACGAGUACAAAAGCCAUCAAGACGGAUGUCUCCAGUCUCGUUGAGGCAGAUCAAAAGCGAGGUUUGGAUGAAACUCGAAAACAGCAUUUGACUAGUAUCAGAACAAAACUGGGAAUUAGCGAUGAGCAAUUGGCGAAUGUGAAUGACCUGCGCGACAAUAUGUGGAAAAACUCCAUCGAGAAUGGAGGGAAAUGGUUAAACGACCUUGAUCAAUACAGCCAAUGGGUCGAGAGAAACACCGCGGAAAAUCUACUCUUAGUGACCGGUGAUCCUGGAACUGGAAAGUCAUACUUAGUCUCUGCCAUUGCUCGAGAUAUCAAAUCCCAGGACUUGACCUCAACUUCCAAAGCUGAGCGAAGCUUGAUUGGUUAUUACUCUUUUUCGCUCGCCGCAAAAGAAAACAAUCGUCGGCCAGAAACGGCAGUGAAGAUCAUUUGCACACAAUUGGCAGAGCAAGAAUUUGUCUAUGCCAAGAAUGUGGCUGCUAUUUGUGGAGAGAAAGAAGACAAGUUCUUCAGGGAUGCUGAUUGCCUGCGCCUUUGGACGACUCUUGGCAUUGACUCUCCGGUGAAAAAUACAACCCAUUACAUUAUAUUAGAUUCAGUUAGUAGCUUGGAUGCUGCGGAGCUUGAGCAGCUGAUGUUGGCACUUCAGUACAAGCCACUUCUUUCCGCUGAAGACAAUGAUAAUCGAGUUCGAAUUCUUGCCAGCGGUGAACCCAAAUCGUUUCUACCAGACAGUGCCGAUGUGAAACCCGUUCCUACCAUUGAUAUUACACAGUAUAAUAGCGAUGAUAUUAGAAUAUUCAUUGGGAACGAAUUGAGGAAAGCAGAUCUUUUCCAGGGAGAAGAUGAAGACUCGAAGCGACUGAGUGAGACCGUCCAAGAAAGACUUCUAACGAGAUCAAAUAGCAGCUAUUUGACAGUUCGGCAAGACCUGGAGAAGGUCAAAGAAAUAAGCAGCUCUGGUGGUACAGAGGAAGAGCUGAAUCAAGUCUUACUGGAGUCCAGCGCUGAUGUAAAGGAAUUGGUUCGAUCCGAUAUCGAGACUCUCGAAACAGUACUCAAGCCGAGAGAGAUUGAAGAAAUCAAUCAACUGCUUAUCUGGGUCGUUGCAGGAUACGCAUGGCUUAAUAUCGAGCACCUCACAGCUGCUCUGUUUCUCCAUUUCAACACAGUGUCUCUUCAGCCGCUUAUUCAAAAAAUAACCGGCAAGUACUCCAAGAUAUUUACCUUGAUAUACAGCGAUGAUUGUCUAGCUCUCAAGGACUAUGUAGAGGAACACGUUGUUACAAAAAGGAAAAAACCCAGAGAGUCUGUUGACGACCCGAAGAUUAAUGCCACUAUUACAAUCUCCAACGCGAAUAUGAAGUCAGUACAGCGAUUUCUCUGGGAUUUGAAUAAUCACAUUUUCAGCCAGGAGUUCUCAUUUCAAUCCGGAUCAGAACUUAAUGAGUCCUUUCACGGUAAGAUACAGCUGAACCGAGUUGAUGCCCACUUAGCGAUUAUCAAACAGGCAUUUGGAUUCCUCCGCGAUCCAUCGGUAGACCACAGAGGGAAGUCAAUAGGACUGUAUCUGAUGGCAUAUAUUCCAAAACAUCUGCGGUUUUUGUACAAUGUGAGCGGCUUUGACAAGCUCCAAGAGGGAGACAAACAGUAUAUUGGGACAUGUGUCAAUGAGAUGUUCUCAGUCGGAGACUGGAUUGAGAAUAACUGGGAAUAUCGAUCGUGGGCCACAUGGUACCAAGAACGUGAAUCCAUUGCUAUCUGUUGGAAAUGGUUAGAUGACGAAGAGGCAAUUAGUCGUCUUGGACCUCGCGACAAGAGAUGGCUGGACGACAUCAAGAAAGAGGAAGACCGGAAUCAAGCCCUGUUGACUCCAAUCAUGACUACAGUUGCACGACACUGGCUGCAGCGUGAUGACUGGGAUGUGCUAGACGCAUGCAAAUGGAUUCGCGGCUUUCUAGAAAUGAGUGAAGCAGAAUCAAGUUCCGAAUCCGGAAGUGAGACGGUAUCAUCGGGGGCUUCAAUCACCACCAAGGGCCACAGUGAGGAUGGCAGCGAUGAUGGUAGUAUUACUAGUGAUGACGGUGACUCUGGAGAUGACAGCGAUGACAGCAAUGAUAGCAGUGAUAACGAUGAUAGUGACGAUAACGAAGAUAGCGAUGAUAGCUCCUCUGUUUCCACAACAUCCGACAAAAGUACCGCUAAUAAAAGUGAGGGUGUAACGAUACAAAGGGCUGCGGAAUGGUGUAAAAAUGCUCUAGAUGUGAAGGAAGUUGAUUAUACCUGGUGUAUCAGGUUGGGGACCACGUUUUCGCGCAGCUCCGAACCACUUCUUGCCAUUGAACAGUAUGAGCAGGCAGCCAGUAUUCUACAAGCACAGGAUCCAAUUAAUAAGGAGAAACUAUGUUAUGUCUUCACAACCCUUGGUGAAUGGUCGACUAGUGUAGAGACUGCGCUAGGCUACUACAAGAAAGCAGAGGAGCAAGAUCCGUGCAACGUGGAAAUUAUGCAUGCAAUUCUUAAACGAUAUAUUUCGGCUAAUAAAAUAGACGAGGCACGACUUAUUAUCCAAAAGGUUUUGACUGAGAAGACACCAAAUUCGGAAUCAACGGUGCUCAGUGCCCUUCUUAAGUCUGUCAUGAAAGAUACGAAUGAAAAGAAUAGUCUCUCCAUGGUUCUGGCUAUCAUCUCAUUGACUGUGCCCUCCCCCGAAUGGAGUGCCGUCGUCCAGGUUGAAAUAGAGAGAGCAAUUGAGAGUGCUCGAGAAGAGCAGAAAACAGAUGAACUUGCGGCGUUACUCUUUCACCUAGGUAUUGCAGCAUACUAUUUCCGCAAGAAUGACUCUCGAGAAGAACUAGCAAAGGCCGUGGGUAAUUGGCGCGAAUGUCUGGUUACCCUGCGUGAGAAGGUUGAGGUAAAUGAUCGAAGCCGUCUCAAACUCGUUGAGCAAAAUAGCAUUCACUACCUGAGCAUGGUUUAUCUUGAACAGCCUCAAGAGGUUCCUGAGGACGUUUUCCAGGAUGACCAGGUUAUUCCAACUACGAAAUAUGCGCUUGCGUCGCACUAUACAUCUACCGGCAAAAAGGAUGAAGCACAAAAUCUUUUACGUUCUGAAAUGGUAGCGGCCUUCAACAUUCUUUGUGAUGAUGAUGUCAGCAAUGAUGGGCUUGGAUACUCGAUGCUUCUCAGUAUUCUGAACCAUACUGGAGACUACGAAAAUUCCUUUAGGGCAAGUCUACUACUACCCAAAUGGAAAUUUGAUCAAGAAGUGUUGCAAGCACUCCUUACUUCUGAGGACGCAUCGUUAAAUGACGCUUCUGCGAAGAUACUUGAGUUCUACCAAAGUAACUGCCUGAACAGUGCUGACCAGCGGGGUAAUUUCGACAAGGUGUUGAAUGAAGCCAAAAGGCUGUCAGGGGAAGCGACCGGUGGGGACAGUGAAAACGAUUCUGCCUAUAAGACGAUCUUUUCUAUCCUUGAACAGCUUCUUACUUCGUGUGAUCACUCAUUCUGGUGCGACAACUGCGGUCAGCAAUGGGACUAUGAGAACUCUCUUCAUGUGUGCAAGAAGUGCUACAAAAUGGACCUCUGCGAUGGCUGCUGGAACAAAAUUCGAUCGACAGAGCCGACAGUCUUCGUAUGCAGCAGAUCACACGACUGGUGGGAACAAGAAAUGUGGACUAUGGAGCGGUAUAUCCAUAGUUGUAAGAAACUAGUAUCCAUGACAUCUAGAGAUGGCAGUAUUGAACUUAUCACAGUAUCAAAAUGGCUUGGUAUUCUGUGUGAGCAAUGGGGGCUGUCCAAGGCGGAUUGGAAGUUUGAGUAAUCAUUCUCCCCACUGAGAUAGUAUCUCAAUGUUUCUGAGGCAAACAAGCGGUCACGAGUACCUAGGUGCUCAUUGAUUGGAUGGGACGCAGGUCCACAAUAUUUAACCCUAACCAACUAGGAACAUUAAAGCUGUUGGAUUUAGCGUGGUAAUUUUACCCUGCGUUACAUGGUUGAAAAUUCUUGGAACGAAUUGCAAAUUCUUGAUAAUUCCAAUGGUUCUCUGUAAUUGAAAAACUUGCACCCAAUUUACUAAGAGAGAUAUCCUCAGUUUUAAAGAUUUCAAACCCCUCAUUAUUACAAAUAUCUACGUCUAAUUGAUCAAAUAUUCGCCUAGUCGAAGUUGACUCGACAUUCAACCAGAGCCUUCCAAAAUUAGC